CCUCAGCCGACUUCAACAGGAGCGAACGCCGUGACGCGAUCAGCAAGGAUGACCACCAUUAAUCAUCAGAUACGAAAGGCGGCGAGGAGGAGCCAAGCGGUUUCGAUAUCCUUGACUGUACCUUGACCUCAGACAACUGUUGCUCGCUUGUAACACAUUAACCUGCCAUUCACCUUCUGUGGAUUGCGUCCAAGUACAUACAACCGCUACUUCGCGCACAGCAACGCACCACAAUCGCCCACGAUGUACCUGAAGACCGGACUCCUCUGCCUCGCUGCCGCGGCAGGCAUCAACGUCGCGUCUGCGGACUUUAUGGUGUACACAGAACCCCCUAUCCCCACCACCGCCAUCCCCUCGUUCGCAAACCCAUCAGACGCUGCCGCAUGGACAACAUCCGUCUUCCUCAACGCGAACUUUGCCUACAACCGCUUCACCUCCUCUCUCGGCGCGCCCUACAAAUCCUCCCAAUCCUCCGCCGCAUCCGAGAUCGCUGCCUUCGUCGCCACAGCCUCCAAUUAUUCGAUACCGGCUGCUGUUACUGAGAGCACGACGACGCAGACAUUUUUCGGCGUGCCGAGUUGGUAUUCGGCGCUCCCGAGUGGGGCGAGGGCGUUUAAGGAAUUGCAGGUGCAGGAUCAGUUUAGUAUUGUUAGGGGCGUUAUCAGUGCCAGGCAGACGACGAGUAGUUCGUCAGGCGGGGCGAGUGUGCCGACUGGGAUGCCGUUUGUUAGGGCGGAGUUUGGUGUUAUGGCGGCGGCGGCUGCGGCGGCGUUCCUGUGAUGUGUAAUGAGGAUGAUGGAACCUCAGAAGAUAGGGAAUGUACGGAUGCCGUCGGGCGAGGUACGCUAAGUACAGUGCCAUACAACAUGCGCACUACAAGAUGUUAUGUUGGAGAGGCCAUGGCUGGCAUAGCUGAUAUGGGAUAUACUGCUUAGACAACCGGGUAUAGGUAUGCAAUUGUUUGACUUCCUUAGCACAUGACCAUAGGACGUUGAAAACAAGUUCUCCCAUGCGAUCCGCCGUCUGUCAUGGCACCGUUUCAAGAAGGCCGUUAUGCGCCUUCCUGUUUUCGAUAACCACGCCCUCUACCAGGUUAGGCUUAAUCCAGAUCUAGUUGC